UGAUAGCAGCUGGAUUCGAGCUUGAGCCUCUGUUUCAACAGUUCAUGGGCGUACCAACUGAGCGAACGGCCACGUGUCAACCGUGGAUUGAUGAAACCUGUCCUGACCUCCAAUCCAUGGAAGUACGAACGGCCACGCGGCAAACUGUGGAGGGAAGAGAGCGGCAGGAUCGGCUUUUGCUUAUUGCCCGUGAAAGGAGGCGGAAGGGCAAACUGGAAUUCUUGAUCUCUAAGACUCUGAUGGGGAUAAAGACAAGAGAGGUUGAAGAUGGCUAUGUGGCCACUGUGACGUCAAAUAUCUGUGGCACAAAGUUUGAAAUCUACGAUAAGGAACCGGCCAAUCCUCGCCCAGUGUUUCCAAGAUGGGCAAUGCAGCGGCUUAUGGGGGUCACAUUAUUUCAGGCCAGUGCUAUGUUGGGCAUGUACCGUAGGAUGAGGGUGAUCGUACCACGACCAAUUCAAUCACUGCCUCGAAGAUCGAGUACGCCUCCUGGUCCUUGGGACACUGAUUCUGCAGGUGGUGGACCGGUAUUGCCAUGGAUGUGGAGUACCAAAAAUAAGAGUGAAACUGUGCUGUUGAAAUCGCCUGAUGCUCGACCAUGCAAGCUUUCGCUGCCACUUCUAUUUCUUGUUGCCGGCCUUUUGCUUUUUUUUGCAGGGGCCUUUCAUUUGAGUGACAGGUUCCCCCCUCCUGUUCUGCUCCCAUUGUCCCUGCAUUCCAUGCUUUUCUCCAUCUCACUGGAAGCUUCUUCGUCUGAGACCUUGGUUCGAUCCGAGGUCGACUUUUGCGCGGGAUCAUUAGCUGACCCCUCCUUCUGUGCCUCUGCCCUGGCUCCUAAGUUCUCCAAAGGUGUAAUCGGUGGGAGCAUGAAUGACUGUGGAUACGAAGGAAAAGGAAAUGGAUCUAAACAGCAUAAAAGAGGUGUAAUUGGUGGGAGCAUUAAUGAAUGUGGAUAUGAAGGAAAAGGAUCGGCUCUUGACAACAGAAGUGUUCAGCAGGCCGAUGAACCGCUCCUAGCGUUCCUAGACCGUCUCCAGAAGUAUUCCGAGAUGACGGCCGCUGAACAACGCAAGUGGGAAGAAGAGGAAGCCGCCCGACAGCAGGAGAUUCAACGCCAGCUGGCAGAGGCAGAGGCAGCACGUCAGCAGGCCGCAGCAGAAGCUGCAGCAGCCGCACGGUUGCAACAGCAGCAGGUCGAGGCAGAUCAGAACCAGGCUCGUUACCAAGCCACUAUGGAUCUGACUCGCGAUGAAGCCACCUAUGGCAGGCUACUUCGCCGACAGCAUUUCCAUGAAACCGACGAACGGCGAGAGCCAACCACGGAGGAAGCAGAUAAAGAAGGAAUAGCAGUUCUGAUGGAGAAUCUGCUGUACACAUGCAAUUGGCAGCAACGCGAACUGCUCGCCACGCGGCAGGUCCUCAUCCGCCAUGAAACAACACUCAAGGCAAUGGAUAACAGGAUCACGUCGCUGCAGGCCGAGAACAGGACACURCAUGCCGCCAACAGCCAGCAGMAGACACUCAACCACCAGCUGCAGGCAGAUGUCAGCAACGGGUUGGCACAGCUGUCMGCMGCUGCRUCAACGGGCARUGCAGCAGUCGACUGCAGCCCAGCUUUGACCGCACAGGCAAAGCAAUUGGAAGAGCGGGUCAAUCAUUUAGUCGCAUCCCUGGGCGACAUCAGCAAGUUUGCCGGAGCCUCUACAGUCAGCAAUCAGCUGCAGACGCUCAGCGACCGCGUUGAUCAACGWCCRGUCGCCGUCGCCAAGGAAUGGAAGAUGCCGAACUUCAAAAUUGAGAAGUUUGACGACUAUCACAAGACCGAUCCGCUGCAAUGGUGGAUGGCAUUCAACGCAGAGGCCGACGUGCAUCAUACUCCGCCCCUACGCCGGCUGGAUGCAUUGUACCUCCAACUGAUAGGCGGAGCGCAAGCAUUCAUGACACACAUGGCCGCGACGCUUGAGUGUACCAUCGCCACCCUCCACACGAAGAUCACGUGCGAGGAGUUUGAGAAGAAAUGGAAGACCCGGUUCAUGGUGAACAAUGACAAGCGUCACGCCUUGAACAAGAUCUUCCACAUCUUCCAAGGCCAGCAACCUUCGCGGGAAUGGCUGACGGAGUGGCAAAGACUCGUCGCCACCCCGGAGUUGAACAUACCGUUCGACUCGAUCCGGGGCGAAUUCUUUGCCCGAUCCUGCGACGCCUUGACUGCUGCUCUCGGCAGCCAAUACGAGUAUAAGAACUUUGACGACAUGAUCGCCAAAGCCAGAGAGCUUAUACAAGGUAACCGGCGUGUGGCUAACGAGACUCGUCAGCAGCCUGGUUACGUGGAGAAAGGAAAAGGUCAACGGACGCUGCAAGUAGCAGCAGUCCAGCAAGGACAAAGUGAGGACUACGCAGCCGCUUCGACAUCAAGUGACGGAGAUGUGGCGGCAGGGAAACCACCGCAACGCUCAAAACCCCGAGGGGGAAAACAGAAGGCGAAACCAGCGUCGGCGGAUGGAGCACGACAGGCACCAUGGACGAAGUUCGGGAUUACCGAGGACAUGUUCAAGUUGCGACAGAAAUGGGGAUAUCGACCGCGAGUACGCAACGCAAUGGUACGUCAACACCGACGCACCGCUCCUCUACAUCCGCAUUCAGAUCGGAAAGGCGACCUGCAGUGCCUUGAUCGAUUGUGGAGCGACUCGCAACUACCUCAGCCAAGACUUCAUGGCACGCGCCGGGCUAGGCCCGCGCGUCCGUUGGCUGAUGGUCACACGCAAAAGUCAAUCGACCGAUGCGUUGACUCGGUGCCCGUGUACUUCGCCCCGCUAGCAAGCGAGGCCGUGUCCUUCGACGUAUUGGACACCAAGUGCGAUAUGAUCCUAGGCAUGUCGUGGCUGCAAAGCAAAGACCAUCCAGUGAACUUCCAUCGCCGCACCGUUCACGUUCGUGAUCGGCAUGGCGAACUAGUCCCGUGUAUGGUGCCGCUUCCUCAUCCUUCGAUUGGUUGUCACGUGGUAUCCGCGGCGAGCAUUCGCCAAUCCAUCCGGCGAAACGACAUCGAGGAGAUGGGCAUAUGUUUUCUUCACGCCCUCCCACGCGGUGAUCAGCCCAAGACGGAUACGUCGGACCCACGCAUCAUUGAGCUGUUGGACAGCUAUGGGGAUGUCUUUCAAGCUCCCACCGGAGUCAUACCGGAUCGGCCCAUACGUCACGGGAUCACUCUCGAGGACGGCGCCGUACCUCCGCGCGGAUGUAUCUACGGCAUGAGCGAAGAGGAACUUCAAGUGCUUCGAGCACAACUAGACGACCUCUUGGCCAAGGGCUGGAUUCACCCUAGAUGCUCGCCAUACGGUGCUCCCGUUCUCUUCGUCCGGAAGAAGAACAAGGACCUUCGGUUGUGCACCGACUAUCGUAAACUCAACGCACAAACGAUCAAGAACGCCGGCCCUCUCCCUCGGAUCGAUGAUCUUCUCGAGCGACUCGGCAGCGCCAAGUACUUCUCCAAGCUAGACCUCAAGUCCGGUUAUCACCAGAUCGAGAUUCAGCCAAGAGAUCGGUACAAGACCGCAUUCAAGACGCGGUAUGGGCACUUUGAGUGGAUCGUCAUGCCUUUCGGUCUCACCAAUGCCCCGACUACUUUCCAAGCGGCUAUGACGACGAAAUUUCGCGACUUGCUUGACCGCUCCGUUCUCAUUUACCUCGAUGACAUCUUGGUUUAUAGUCGGUUGCUGGACGAGCAUCUCGAGCACCUUCGCGCCGUAUUGGAGCUGCUUCGUAUCGCCAAGUACAAGGCAAACCGCGACAAGUGCGAGUUUGCCCAGCAAGAGCUGGAGUACUUGGGCCAUUACGUCACGCCGCAAGGCAUUCGUCCGCUCGCGGACAAGUUACAAGCUAUUCAAGAUUGGCCGGACCUCAAGUUGACUACGGACGCUUCCGGUUACGGCAUUGGCGCGGUUUUGGAACAGCAUGACGGCACAGACUGGCAUCCGGUUGAGUAUUUCAGCCAAAAGGUGCCGCCCAUCAACACUCUUGAUGAUGUGAGGAAGAAGGAACUCCUAGCUUUUGUCUCCGUACUUAAGCGUUGGCAUAAUUUUCUCCUCGGGCGUCGGCGAUUCACGUGGGCAACGGACAACAAUCCGUUGACAUAUUACAAGACGCAAGACACGGUGAGCAGUACGAUCGGUCGGUGGAUGUACUUCAUUGACCAGUUCGACUUCACCUCCAAGCACAUUCCGGGCUCCUCGAACAAGGCGGCGGAUGCUCUCUCGCGAAGACCCGAUCUUUGCGCCAUGGUACACUCCACGUUCGGCCUCGACGAGGACCUCCAACAACAUUUCGUAAACGGCUACAAGUCGGAUCCGGGAUUCUCCACACUCUACGCGGACUUAUCAUCGGACCAACCGCCGACAAGCAACUAUCGCAUCACCGACGGCUACUUGCUCCUCCAUACGCGAGGCAAGGACUUGUUGUGCGUUCCCCAGGACCGCAUCUUGCGCACUCGCCUCCUUGGCGAAUACCAUGAUUCGCGGCUGGCAGGACACCUUGGCGUCGCACGCACACUAGCACGAGUCCGCCAGCUUUUUCACUGGUCGGACAUCAUCAACGACGUCAACCGGUACAUUCAGUCAUGUGCAGUUUGCCACCGGAAUAAAGGGCGCCAUCAGCUCCCUUACGGCGAACUGAAACCAUUGCCGAUACCUCGGGCACUAGGUCUCUCCAUUGCUAUGGAUGUGACCGGUCCUUUCCCUCGCGAUCGCCUUGGUCAUGAUGGUAUUCUCACGCCACGGCGUUCCGGAAGACAUCGUCAGCGACCGCGACACUCGUUUCAUGUCGGCCUUUUGGACGACACUCAUGGUGGAAUCCGGCACCUGCAUGAAAACGAGCUCCGCAUGGCAUCCUCAAACGGAUGGGCAGACGGAAUGUGCGCACCAGACUGCGCAGAUGAUGCUCCGCACACUCAUCGCCCGGAUCAGAAGGACUGGGUUGACCGCCUUCCCGACAUCGAGUUCGCCUACAACACUUUGGUGCACCCGGCGAUUGGUGUGACUCCAUUCGAGUUGCACCACAGUGGACGGAAAGGACGUAUCUUCGCAGACAUUAUGCUUCCACGGGCUGCCGAUAUCGACGCCGCUUGCUCCCCCGCUUCUACACGGAAGUACAGGGAACUGCUGGCCAAAGCCCGCGCUAACAUGCAAAAGGCUCAGCUAGCUGGCGUCACAAGAUUCUGGAUUCCAUCUGAUGGCCGUUGUCGAUCGCCUUCUGUAAAAAACUUCAGACUUUUUGUUGAGGGCAACCAAUCAAAUGCCGUGUUAAUUUUUGCAAAGGAGCAGAAAAAUAGAUUCAUUAUGGACUUCUCAUGGCCGUUGACAGCAAUGCAAGCGUUCGGCAUCUGUCUGUCUUCCAUUGCUAAUAAACUAUGCUGCUUGAUGUGACGACGAUUUGCUCGAUCAAUCAAUCCACUGAUCAGUGAUCAGUCAACAGGCACCGGUGGCACUCUCCGAGUGUGCAGGAUGAUGAUCCGUCAUUGUAGUCUUGAAUGAUUGAUUGAAAUUGAAGCAGCCACAAAUACGCGCUGCACAGGAAACCCGCACUGGAAACCAGGAUUAAGCAACAGCUAUAUCCUGUUCUACAUUUGUAUGGCCAGAGGGAGUGCGUGCACAAGAGAGAGAGAGAGAGAGAGAGAGAGAGAGAGAGAGAGAGAGAGAGAGAGAGAUGGCAUCGUGUCUUGGUUGCUAUACUGGAAAACGGUGACGAGUGACAGGAGCUUGCGGUCCAGGCGGGAGAGAGGCAUCCCGAGGGGAGGAUUGGUGCGGUGAGGAAGAGUUUUAUAGGUCAUGCUCACACCGGGGCAUUUUCAGGACUUACAAGCUGUGGAAAUUUUGGGACUCAAGCUGGGGGACAGUAUGGGACUGAAGAUCGGACACUUUGGAAGCCAAGCUCGGAAAUUUGGGGACUCAAGCUUAACGAAGGUUUGGGAGUCGAGAUUUUGAGAUGUUGUUAAGGUCAGGUGCAUCCAGGCGAGAGUCCGACCGUCUUCCCCCCCCGAAUAGAACGUAAGUCGUACGGUCAUUAUGCCUGUAUUUUGCACAACUAUCAGUCUUGGUACAUCGAUAAUGACUCUAGGUUCUCUUCCCGAAUCGGGGGAAGACGGUAGUGCGGGGGGGACUAUGCCCUUAGACCAAGGAGCACAGGAAAUCUGAGUCAGCAACAGAUCGUGAUCGUGAGGCAAUGCAUGAUUUGAUUGCUGGGGCACAGGGGAAGAGACACUCUGUGUGCAUUUCCCCAACAGUGGAGACACAGACUGUGUGCAAAUGAGAGGUCACGUUAUAGUUCGGACGCGUGGGAGAACCCAUUCAACCUUCCUAUGAAUGACAAAAUUGCAGGCGGACUUGAGCUACCAUCUUCACCCGAAUUCGAAUAGAAUAACCGGUCACUAGAGCUGUAUUUGGCCCACUUUCAGUCUAGAUUCUAUACUCUAGUCUCUAGAUACAGUGAUAAUGACCACAUGUUUCUAUUGGGGUAAAGACGGUAGCUUCAUAUGUGGAGGCAGUGAUUGCCUCCCCCUGGGGUGAAGUGCGGGGGCAAGUGCAAGUCAUGUAUGUUUACAUCAAAUUCUCUAAUGCUUUCCGAGAGAGAAAGAGGAAAUAGGAACCGAAGCGGUCCUGUCCAGAAUAGAAAGGAGCCUUCACUAUGUGAGAGGCUAUUCAUGUUUUUUCUUCUGCUAACUGUUUUUUUUUUUCUGCUUUCCAAGGCAUCUUUCAGUGGAACACGUCUGUUACUUAUCGACCACGCCCGCCUACAUUCAGACGACGGGACAAAGGCGCAAACCACCAGUACUUAGUGCUUUUUUUUUUUUUAUAAGGGCAACGGCAUUGAGAUAGCAUCAUUGAGCUGACCGGGCCCAGGCAAUUCAGAAAUGUAAUCAAAUAUUUGGUUUUUACUCAUCAAGUACCCUCAUCGGGAUUCAAACUUGGGUCUGUAUUUCAGUAGUUCACGGGUGUACCCACUGACCUAGGCUCUUGGGUUACGUAGUGCAUUUUUAGGCGUCAACGCGGUGGAUGAAUCGGCCCACCGCGCCGGUCUGUAUUCGUUUGCGUCAGGGGGGGCCUAAGAACCCGGCAGGUACUGGCGGUUUUCAAACACACAAGUCCAACGUCCUGCUGGAUGUACAGUCAUCGUAAUUGAUGACAGAUUCGUCUCAAAAUGUCCAAGUGCGAGAGUGCUGUUAGCAGUAAUAAAUUAUGCUUGAUAAU